AUGAGUGGCUUCGCUGGGCGGCGGCGGCGCUCCUCCCGCGAAGGAGAGCGCCUGCAGGAUCCUGAAGAUCGAGAAGGGCGACUUCGAGUGGGCGCGGCAGAUGAACGGCUGCAGGCGCUGCUGGAAGAGCGAGAGGGCAGAGCAGCAUCGGUGCCGGCGAGGGCGGCAGCGGUUCGAAGGCUGGCUGCAGCUCCAGAGCAGGCCGGGCAAGCGGCAACUACAUCCUCGGCGAGAAGGCCGAGCAGAGAACCACAAGGUCAGGUUAUGGGCCAGCCAAAUGGGCCAGGACAAGUCACGAUUGAGUCGGCGCCGGGACUGCUGGACUCGGUCAGGCAGUCUUUAGAUGUGUUGCAACGAGCUUUUGGUGGAAAUCCUCAAGGUCAAGGGCUACUUGCACCCCUACUUCAACACCACGAUCUUGGACAUCUAGCCGGUACCGGUCCUGGAGUUCAUGCUGGGCAUGGGAAUGUCUUUGGAUCGCCACAGUGUCCAAUUCCACCCCGAGGAGGACCUUUGAGCUAUGGCCCCACGAUUGAAUUGGGACCACAACCGAGGGUUCUGGAACCUUAUCCCAUGGCUACUCCUCCCCCAAUGAGUGGGGUGAAUGUCAACCCUUUUUGGAGCACACAAGCACGAGCUCAUCCUGGUGAAAGUGGGGUGGUGCCUGAGGGGAUGCCGCAAGGGGAAGUCAGAAGGUCGCCAAACUAUGUUGAUGUGGAGGCCAUCAGGGAGAAGGUGCUCAGGGAAGCCGAGAAUCUCUUUGCAAAGGAGAUCAAGAAGGCCACUGGUGGAGCAGAGUCAUCAUCCUUCGAGUCGGUUCCAAGUGCUGACCGAGAGCCUGGGCGGUCAACGGUCGGGGUGAUGGGACCGGGUGGAGGAGGCAAUGGGGGCGAAUCGACUCGUGGCGAUGGUCGAGGGUCUCAACCACAUGGUCUUGAGCGUCCACCAGGGUUGCUGAAGGAGGGUGUGUGUGAGGGUCCGUUGAACAGGUCUGAACUGCCUCAGGGGACCGUGAAUGAAGUGUUUAGAAGCUUGGAGUUACCACCUCUACCAUCUCCUGGCAGCGAUGGUGCUUCGCUGGCUUUCGGCGAUUGGCUGACGGUGGCGAUGCCUCUUAUGUCGGACCUGUCAUCCUCUGCGAGGGGUUGGUGGCAAGCAAACAUCAUGGAGGCGGAGGCGCUGUAUGAGACUUGGCUGAAGUUGAAGCCGCUGGAGAGGCUAAGGCUUAAGGUUGAUCGGCCUUUGCACCCCAGUUAUGAACGAGUUGAGCACCGGGGAGUGACUAUCCUAUUGGGGGUUCUUCCCGAUCAAGUUCGAAGGGAUGUCAUCGCCUCUAGAAAGGUGAGCUGCCUCGGAAUUCUGUUUCGGCUGUAUACCAUUUUUCAACCAGGGGGUUCAGCUGAGAGAACUGCGCUCCUCAAGAGCAUCACCGAGCUGAAGGUGGGCAAUGGGGUGGCAGACGUUUUGUCUGGAAUUCGCCAAUGGAGGCGAUGGAUCCAGCGUGCGCAGGAGUUGGGCCUGACUACACCGGACCCUCUGGUGCUGGUGCAAGUGCUGAACAGGGUCACAGAAGCCCUGGGUCGACAUGGUGGUGCUCAGGCGGAGGCUGAGGAUCUGGCGCUGAUGACUGGCUCUUCAAAGACGCCUGCAGCAGGUGCGAAUGUGAACAUGUCCACAGCUGGAGGGACAGCUCCAAAGGAGGAGGUGAGGGGUGUGCCAUCUUUGGAUCAAGAGGACCUCGAGGAGGAAAACCUAGAACGUGAUGGUCGUCAAGAUCCACCAGAGUUAGAAGAUCAGCAGUUGGUUGAGGAGGGUGAGGAGCAGGUGAUUGGUCGUGAAGAGAUCGAUGAGCUUCGGAGGCCCCAUCAGCUGCAGAACAUUACAAUGGUGGAGGUGAUGGAAGACAGAGGACAGGGGGGGGGGACAGAUCGAGAUCCAGGAGCUUGCCUGCAGGUCGAAAGCAAUGGAAGCUGUGGAGGGUCGGCAGAAGGUAUGGUGAAGUGCCUCGAGUGCGAUCUUUGGCAACUGGGGGAACAUCGAGGAGCUGGAUGUCGAUUUUGUGAAGGAGAUCUGCCGAAGGAGCAGGAUGGGCUGCAGGUUCCGGGGGAGGAAGCUUUGGAUUUGCAAGCCUGUUCAUGGACUCAGGCAGUACAGUGGCAUGAGGAAGAAGUUCGUAGCCACUGGCAGUUGAAAAGAAUGUGGCUGGAUCAGUUGAAUCAGGUGGCGGUGGGUGCACAGCAGGGCAGUGAACAUGGAGGAUGGCUUCAAGUUCUGGAAGAACAGUUGAUGGUCCGGGAGGAGUGUCUUCAACGCCAACAUGGAGCCCUGGAGAGUUGGAGGAUGGCGGCACUGCAGGCGGCGGGGGGUUCAGGAGAAGGAGAAGAGCAGAAGCCUUCGCUGGUCCUUCAGACCUACACGGUGUCGCUGGCCCAAGUGCGAAGGGAGUUGCACAAGUGGGUCGAACCCUUCAAGGAUGAGUAUGUCUCUCUGUCCACUACUACUGGAGCGAUCUUUCCAACCACAGAGGAGGCUUUGAAGAAGGAUCCGAGAUAUCCCUGGCGGGAAGAAGCGCCAGCGAUGCUGGUCCCUACGGUCAAGAGUCCUCAUGGACGGCACAGGGCAAGGGUGGUCAUUUGUGGCAACCAUCUCACAAAGUCCCAGGUGGAGACGAAGGCUGUCAGUCCAUUGGAAGCAUCAUCGAUCUCUUCACCCUUUGAACUAUAUGCAGGAGGGGCGGAUGCGACAGUUUUGCGAGCUUUACUCAGGAAGAGUGCUCUGGAGAAAUGGUCCGUAGCGAGUCUGGACGUGAAGACAGCGUUCUUGCUAGCUCCAAGAAGAGAUGCACAGCAGAGGCUGCUCAUUACGCGUCCUCCUCGGGUGCUGGUGGAAGCAAAGGUGUGCGAUGCUGACGAAAUCUGGGAGGUCAGAAACUCGCUCUACGGUCUCCAGGAGGCGCCUCUCAACUGGGCGAGAUUCAGGGACGAAGAGAUGGCCAAGUUCCGCUGGACUGAUGAAGGUGAAAACUGGAAGCUGGCUCGCACUCAAGAGCCCAACUUGUGGAAGGUGAUCCUCGAUGAUCCAUCCAAGUCAAGGUUGCCCGACAAGGUGUACGGAUUUGUCGCUGUGUACGUCGAUGAUAUCCUGGUGACUGGUGAUGAAAGAGUGACUCGAUCGACCAUCGCUCGGUUCCAGCAACAGUGGAAAUGCUCGACACCGGAGUGGCUGACGCCUGAAAGCAGCUUGAGGUUUUGUGGCUUUGAGAUUGCCCAGGAGAAGAGGGGACUUCGUUUGCAUCAGGAGUCAUACCUACGAGAUCUUUUGGCCAGAUAUCCUGAUGUCAAGUCAGCUCAAAGCCCGCUGCCAGGUGUCUUGGAUGAGACUGAGGAGACGAAUCCUGAGGUUGCAGAGGUGAAGGAAGCGGAGGACUGUGUGCAGGUCAAGAGACUGAUCGGGCCGGGACCACUUCCUCCACCGGGAUCGGUGGCCGCAGACGGGGGCUAUGGCGGCUCCAUUCCAGGAAGGUCAAGAGCAGUGCAACGAGGUCGAAAGGCCUUACAAGGUUCAGAGACGAUAGAAGGCGAGGAAGUCACCUACGGUGGAAGGGGCAUCAGUGCUUGUGACAUUGAGUCCAUCGAGGGUGGCACGAAGACGGGCUAUGAGCUAAGGCUCCAAGGACGUGAGCAUCGGGGGGAGAGCGGAAACAAUUCCGGCCAGGUGACGGAAGGGACGUCCCAAGCGGCCAAUUCAAGCGAACACUUGCCUCCCGAAGCUGACCAAUGGCCAAUUUGGCUAGGAAUUGAGACCGCAGUACUACAACAUCCUCACCGUGAUGGUGAACGACAAGAUGAGGACUGUGAGUCGGACGGAAGCUUUGAGUUUUUGCGCAGCACUGGAUGA